AGGAGUCACUCAGUCUGUGAGUCUGCAGAUGCACUCGUAUCGCUGUGCUGGAGCUGAUGCUCGUGUGUUUUAUUCGGUGGGGAGCACAGGAGACUCAUCUGAUCCCGCUGGAGCCCCGCCUCUGCUGCCCGAACUGUAUUUAUAGCUUAUUGCAACAGCAGCAUUCAGUCAGUCAUUCAGUCAGUGAGUGAGUAACUCUAGUGAAGGAUCAUCAGCGGGUCUCAGCUCUCUCUCCGCAUUCAGACCGGACCAGCAUGACGGAGACCGCGUCAGAGCCCGCUCCAGGUGCCCCGGAGGAGCCGGAGGAGAAGCGGGAGACCGACCCCCCGGAGGGCGGCUGGGGCUGGGUGGUGAUGCUGGCCUCGAUGUGGUGCAACGGGUCGGUGUUCGGUAUCCAGAACGCGUUCGGUAUCCUGUUCGUGUCUCUGCUGAAAGAGUUCGGCUCCGAGACCGACGAUGACCUCCGCUUUAAAACAGCAUGGGUCGGCUCUCUCUCGAUGGGCAUGAUCUUCUUCUGCUCACCAAUCGUCAGUGUGUUCACCGAUCUGCUCGGCUGCCGGAUUACAGCAGUUGGAGGGGCAGCGGUGGCAUGUGUGGGACUUCUGGCCAGUUCCUUUGUCACGUCUCUCGGGCCAAUGUACUUCACCUAUGGUAUCGUCUUUGCAUGUGGCUGCAGCUUUGCAUAUCAGCCAAGUCUGGUUAUCCUGGGUCACUAUUUCAAGCGGAGGCUGGGCCUGGUGAAUGGCAUUGUGACAGCGGGCAGCAGCGUGUUCACCAUCACGCUCCCAUACAUCCUGACCGGUCUGCUGAAGCGUGUCGGACUUGCCUACACGCUGCGUUUUCUGAGCAUCUUCAUGUUCGUGCUCAUGCUGGCAGGACUCACCUACAAACCCCUGCUGCCCAAACCUGUAAGCAGCAGCAAGUCGGGCAGCCGCUGUGCCUCGCUGAAGAGGGUGUUUAACGUGCACAUCUGGAGGUCUCUGGGAUACCGCAUAUGGGCCUUCGGGAUCCCUGCAGCGCUGUACGGAUACUAUGUGCCUUAUGUUCAUCUGAUGAAGCAUGUGGAGGAGCGCUUCGGUGCAGACACUAAUAAAGAGGUUCUGCUCACCUGUAUCGGCAUCACGUCUGGAGUGGGUCGUCUGAUCUUCGGGAGGGUGGCCGACUACAUCCCUGGAGUCAAUAAAGUCUUCCUGCAGGUGUCCUCGUUCCUGGUGAUCGGGCUGAUGUCCAUGAUGAUUCCUCUGUGUCACGUGUUCGGAGGACUCAUCGCCGUGUGUCUGCUCAUGGGUCUGUUCGACGGCUGCUUCAUCUGCAUCAUGGCUCCCAUCGCGUUCGAGCUGGUGGGCUCCCAGAACGUGUCGCAGGCCAUUGGCUUCCUCCUGGGCAUGAUGUCCGUCCCCAUGACUGUCGGGCCCCCCAUCGCAGGCUUCCUCAGAGACCGUCUGGGCAGCUAUGACGUGGCCUUUUACCUGGCGGGCAUUCCUCCGAUCAUCGGCGGGGCCGUGCUGUGCCUGAUCCCAUGGGUGGAGGCGCAGAGGAGGAGGAAGGAGGCGCAGCCGGCGGCCGAAGCCACAGAGAAGAUGCUGGAGAGCAAGAACGGUGCACAGGUCAAGGUGAAGCCUGAAGAGCCCGAGUCCGUCAUCUGAGAGCGUUUACAGCGGACAGACAGAUGUGUAUGUGUGUGUGUGUGUGUGUGUGAUUAUCUUACCCUGCAGGAACAUGCAGACCGGGCAUAAAACAGGGCACCUACGUGAUUUAUGAGCUAUGCAUCUCUCAGAAAGUUUCCUUGAAUAUUUUUGUACUGAGCUUCUAAAAGGGAAGUGAAAGUUAGACAAUCAUCGGUCAAGAAGGGAAGAUGUUUGCUGGUGCUUUGAUGGGUGUAAGCCCUGAAAGAAGAAUCAAGGGAUUUUAUUUUAACACACUUUCCUUUACUCUUAUAAUCUAGCUAUGCAUUGUUUUAUGUCAGACUACAUGAACAGCUCAUAUAUUGUGUUGAAGGAAGCGUCAGCCGUGCCAUAUGUGAUCGUUUCCUCCAGAGCGUGGAAGACUCGAAAGAGGUUUUUACGAAGGCACACUUCCACCGUGAGUGUUUAUUAGAGGAAUCAUCACUGCAUGACAACAGUGUUUUUAUAUGCAAGUAUCUAAGAUGUUGAUUUUCACUGAGAAAUAAGAGUUGAGGAGACCUCUGUAAUACACAGAGCAAACAGACAUGACUACACAAGCAGAUGUUUUCUGAUGCCGUCCCAGUGUUCUCGGUAAAGCCUUGCUUUGUUUUUGUAUUGAGCGUUGUGUUUAAUGUUGGAGGAACACUGCUCUGGAACGUUUGCAGGAUGGUUUCCAUGUGUUUUUGCCUAACCUGAGCAGAUCUCAGUGUUUGACAUGAACUGCGAUUGUUGCUCUUUGAAACACUAUAUUUUACGAUGUUUUAAGAAUCUGUGGUGUCCGUUGGUUAGAUCGACUGCCAUUGUGAGCUCAGCUUUAAUAGCGACGCUCACAUUUACUGCCACUGAGGCCUUGACUGAAUAACACAUGUGCUUUAAUUCAGCGACUGAAAAUGAUUGUCCUCUGAUUCCUGUUCACAUGAAACGUCUUGAGGUGAUGUAAACGUCCCGCUGUUCUCUGGCAGAUAGUUCUCUCGUGAUCUACCUCAGUGAACAUGAUUCUGGAAAUAUCAGCGGAUCAGAGAAGGCAAUCGCUGUAAACUCACUUGAAACCAUGGCCAUCAAGUGCUUAUACUUCACACCUAUCCCAUCUUGUGUUUUUUGAUUUUUAUAUCUCUUAUAUCAACUAGCAUUAUUAGUGCCUUAACGACAUAAUUAUUGACAGAUGAAUUAUUGAUUUGUAUGGAAUUUUACCCAACAGCUUCCAAAGCAGUUAUUUCAGUGCGACUCACAGCAAAAGCAGUACGUGCCAAGAGCCAUCUGUCUGGUACAUCUGUUGGUUUAUUGUCUUUAAACCAUUUCCAUGUUUCUGAGAAGAUUCUCUUUUUUACUUUUUGUACAUUGUCCUUUUUUUGUAUUUUAUUUUAAAUGUAUACUUUUCAUGUAAAUCAUUGUUGUACAUCAAACCAGAGAAGGUUUUUCUGCACACACACACACACACACACACACUCACACACUCGCACACACAUGUUGGUAUAUGUGGUUUAUGGGGACUCUCCAUAGGUGUAAUGGUUUUUAUUCUGUAGAAACUGUAUAUUCUAUCUCCCUUCACCAACCCUACACCUAACCCUAACCCUCACAGGAAACUUUGUGCAUUUUUACUUUCUCAAAAAAACUCAUUCUGUAUGAUUUAUAAGUGUUUUGAAUUAUGGGGACACUAAAAAUGUCCUCAUAAACCACCUCCUCAUUGUAAUACCUAUGUCAUACCCAUGUCAUUAUACAGAGUUGUGUCCCCGUUAACCACAUAAACAAGCUCACGCACACACACACACACACACACACACACACUCUCUUUGUUUUGACGGUCAGCACACAGCUGUGAUUUACUCAGGGUAAUCAAACAUGUCAAACAGCUCCAUCUCUCAGCUAAACACCAAAGUAAUCUCUUGUGCUCUUGAAGAAUUUAUUGCAAACUUUUUGUCAAUCCAUUUGUGAUUGAAACUUAAUAAAAACAACACUUUAACACUUUAUUUUAUAGUUUGUGCACACACUUACCAUGUACUAGUUAUUAUUAGAGUAAGUAAACAGUAUGUAGAAGCAGAAAAGCGCUGGAAGAAGAAGUUCUUCUGAGAACAGAGUAAUAACACAAACAGAAUCACUUAGUUAUCAAUACGUGUUAGUUUCUUUUCAGUGACCUUGAUCUCUUGACCUGAAUGACUUAUAGCUUUGUUAUUUUUUUGUUGUUGUUGUAUGUAACACACAGUUGGUUAUAAAUACAGUUUUGAACUACAAUAAAGAAGAUGUUAUUGGUUGUAUUAA